GCACAAUUUAAUCCAGUGCUUGUUUGGCAGUAGAAGUGAAAUUGGCUCUUUUGCCAAUCUAAUGGAACAGCGUUCCUCCGAGCAAUCGUCGAUCGUGCUAAACAAAUCAAACAUUCGCCACAAACGUGACAAUUGCCGCAAACAGCAAAUACUGCUUUUGCUAUUAUGUUGUUUAAACGGAUCAUCGAAGGAAAGUCGAUGUUGAACGUUGAUGUUAAGGAUAGGUCACCAGAGAAAUGUUCUAGAAGGAAAUCGGAAUGCGACGGUUGUGGGGAACAUUCCACUAUAUUGGAGGAAAUGAUGAAGAUGGUGCUACUUGGUGUAGUUCUGUGGGCAGGGGUUUCGUUUGGAAGUCAUGUUGCUCCUUACCCGCUCAACUUGAUUAUGACCACAGAUAUAAUUCAUCCCCCACCCAUGUAUGACUUCCCGUUUCCGAGCGCCCAAAUGCUUAAGAAACUACCCCAUGUGACUACUGAGCAUACGAAUAAGUCAAUAAACAUAAGUAAGCUAUCAGUGUCGAUGCUUGAGCGCUUGGAGCAAAACCUAAAUUGGGCGGAGGUUAAACCUCAAUCAGGAUCUGCAGCACAGGGACUUUCAAUACACGGUUACCCAUCGAAUGAUGCUAUGAAGUAUGAGAAAUCAUCGAUGAUCAUAUCAAAAGCAUCGCAAAAUUUGGUCUGGACUAAAUGUGCAAGAUACGGUCUCGCACUGGAUGAGUGUGCGAGUUUUAUAAGUACGUUAAACCUACGUGAUAGUGAAUAUGGACCUGAAUGCGCACAGUUGGAGCGUUUUACGUGUCCGAAGAAUAAAAUGUCAUCAAAGUACCGCAUGUUUGAUGGAUCUUGCAAUAAUCCCGUGAGAUCUUCGUGGGGCCAGGCCCUGACUGGCUACAAGCGUCUCCUGCAUCCAAGAUACGCUGAUGGCAUUGAAGAACCUCGUCGUGCUGUUAGCCAUAAAGAAUUACCUUCGGCUCGCUUAGUAAGCGUAGUAUUAGGAGAUAAUAUGGAUGUGCCCGACAGCAAAAAGACAAUUAUUUUACCUUUGUGGAGUCAAUUUAUUUUCCACGACUUGGUACAUACGCCUGUCCGCAAAACAAUUCACACCAACCAGCCUAUCCGCUGUUGCGAUAAUUCUGGUAACAACUUGGCUCCUCGCUACUUGCAUCCAAGCUGCAUGCCCAUCUCAGUGUCUAGCGAGGAUCCUGUAUAUGGCAAAAAAUACGUGACUUGCUUGGACUACGUGAGAUCCGUCACCACUUUCCGUGGUGACUGUACUUUCGGAGCUGCGGAACAGAUGAACCAAGCAACUCAUUUUAUGGAUGGCUCACAUAUCUACGGCUCGAAUAGCCGUGAUGCCGCAGUUCUGCGUGAGAAGACAGGUGGUCUGUUGAAGACGAGCACUGUUGACAAUGAGGAGUUACUGCCUUUAUCGGCAAAGCCAACAGAGAAAUGUCUCGUCAAAACCGAUUCUGAUGCUUGCUUCAAUACAGGAGAUGUUCGUGCAAACAUGCACCCGGGUUUAACCAGUCUUCAUUCAUUAUGGGUUAGAGAGCAUAACCGUAUCGCUAGAACAUUGGCUAAUCUAAAUCCUGGAUGGAAUUCUGACAAGUUGUACCACGAGGCGAGAAGGAUUGUCGUGGCUGAACUGCAGCAUAUCACAUACAAGCAUUGGUUACCUGCUUUGACAGGCAAAGUUUUCGAUGAACUUUACGAUACUUAUGAUUCCGGUUAUAACUCGGACAUCGAUCCGACAAUAACCAACUCGUUCGCGACUGCCGCGUUCCACUUCGUGAACAGCUUGAUCGAUCAGGACAUCGAGUCGCUGGAUGAGAACAACAAUAUGACGUCACAUCGUCUCGUGCACAACUACUUUAAUCCCCAGCUGCUUGCUCAGAAGAAGGGUCUAGAAAAUCUACUCAGAGGAAUGGUCAAUCAGAGGAGUCAAGGAUUGGACCUGAACUAUGAUGACGAUCUCCGUCACAGCUGGCUGGGCGGCUUAGAUGUGAUGGCGGUGGACAUUCAGCGCGGUCGGGACCACGGCCUGCCCGCUUACACACACUACCGCGCGCUCUGCGGACUGCCGCUCCCCACUUCUUUUGACGAUUUCAAAGAUGUUAUGCCUGCGCAGACGGUGGAUUCGAUAGCUCGCUUGUAUGAAAACCCCAAUGAUGUCGAUCUCGUAGUGGGAAUAAUGGCUGAGAUUCCUCUAGAAGGGUCUAUACUCGGACCAACCGCUACAUGCCUGAUAAGGGAGCAGCUGCGGCGCACGCGCGGCGGCGACCGGUACUUCUACUCGCACGCGGGCGAGGCGGGCAGCUUCAGCAAGCGCCAGCUGGCGGAGCUGCGGCGCGCGUCGCUGGCCGCCGUGCUGUGCGACAACACCGCGCUCGGCGCGCUGCCGCGGGACGCCUUCCGCCCGCCCUCCGACGAUAAUCCUAUCGUUUCCUGCGACGGCAUCAGGAAGAUGAAUCUUGAGGCUUGGCAAGAUCCUUCCCAGCAACCGGAUAUCUUGACGCGUACCAACAAAUGGAUCAAAAACAAAGUCGGUAGUAAUUCCACGAAAUAGACUGACAGUCCUUAUAUAGAAUUAAGAUAAAUAUUUUUGUGUAGCUUUUCCUUAGUCUGCGGUGAUUUGAAUGAAAAAGAUUUAUGAAAAAAAGUAAAAUAAUCUGUUAAUGAUACGUCCAUGUCUCGACAGCUCAAUGGAAUAGGCGCCGCCUAGCGACGUGGAAGUCGCAGGUUUGAGCCUGAUCCCUUGUGUUAUUGUGCUACCAACUCUUAAUACAAGCUUUACGUUGUUAAAAAAAAUGUUCAUCUAAAUUAUAUAAAUUGAACCCCCAAUCUUUUAAUAAUUAUGAUCCAAGCAAAGAUAUACAUUAAUAAUGUCUCGUCGUAUUUUCUCGUUAAAUAGUAAUUUUUACCGCAGACUUUAACUUAAACAUCGAGUGAUUCAGUAUUGUGGUUGAAUAGAAUUAAUUUAGUCCCUAAGUAAACCACGUCCAGCAGAAUUUUAAAGCCCGUCUUCAUUAAAUACAUGCCUUUUGUGGUAAAAUAAUAUAAAUUUAUUAAAGUUUCAUUUUGAUUGGUCGAUGAGAAAAGUAUUUUGAGAAAUUCCUGACACGUAUAUAAUAAGGCGAUUAAAGUUGGUUUUAUUAAGUGCAUUUAAACUUACAAAUAAAUGACAAGCAUUCAGGUAUCAACCAAUGAAAAUGAACCUUUGAACCGUUUAGUUAAUAGAUGGGUCAACUAUAAGAUCAAGUCCGUAGAAAUCAACGGACAUCAUGUUGUACAGUGGCUGUGAUAACGUGGACCACUAACGUUACGUAAACUAACGUUACGUUAACUAACGUUACGUUAACUAACGUUACGUUAACUAACGUUGGUCCACUCCAAUGCCGUUAGUCCGAAAGAUGAGUUGUUAGUUGAGACCCAUAUGUUAAAAGGUCCAACGGCUUAAGUGUAAUGUUAACCGUCUGAGGCUACUUGCAUCGCUUGCAUUUUGCAAUUUUUCGCGUAUAGUUUAUAAACUCGCUUUUCACAGCUCGAAGUAGAAUAUAAUAAAUAGAUUCGCAAAUAGUGAUCGGAUUUUGACGUUGAAUUCUGUUUAUCAAAAUUUAAACGUUUUUCGUACCAUCAAAGUGACAUAUUUACAUGAUUAUCGUACUUGUUUCCAUUAACGUAAGACUAUUUUUGCUUAAUGAUAGAAUCAUGUUAUUAUAUUUUGAAGUGGACACACAUCGUUUUAUAAAGUAUUUAACAAUCAUUUAUAGUGUUACGAGAUUUCAUCGAUUAUAAGCGUACCUAUAACUUUGACAAUUAUAAAAAUACUUUAAAUUUUGGGCACAAUAUUAUUCGAAAAAUCUUCGAAAGGCUAACCUUUUGCACAAGAUAUACGAUAUUUCGAUGAUAUGUGUGCCAUUUUACCAAAGACUGCCUUAAAAAUCUUUUAGCGAUUAUUUUGAUGUAGGUAUUUUUACAAAAAAAACAAUAAUAUUUCUUAGUAGAUAACAAUCAAAUACAAAUAACAAAUAUAUUAAAAAAAUGUAAAAAUGUUAUUAGCAAAAUUUUACUGCCUGCGUAUUACGGAAUUUGUAUGUUUUUCUUUUAACUAAAGUCAAUUACAACCUUCUAACUCAAUGUAUUUUUUGUUUUAUAUAAUUUUGUAUUCUUGAAUUUAUAUUAAAUAGUAUUUUAAAUAAAAAAAAAACAUGAAUUUUACCUGUACUGAAAACAAUGUAAAAUUUUACAAACCAUUCCUAUUUACAAUUACAAUUUCAACAGUCAAUAUUUAUCAAAUAUAUUUUAAGCUUUUAAUACUGUUAUCUAUAAGUCAACCAUUAAAUGUUAUCAUACAAUGUAUGUGUAAAAGAUCCAAUAAUUAUUUAAUUAUUUAGAGAUAACGUAUUUUGUACUCGAUUUCAUUUUCCAGCUUGCCCUAUUUAUGGUCAGGGUAUAAUAUUGUAUUGUCAACUUUAUUUAAUUUUAUGUUUUCUUUUAUACUUGAAUAAAAAAUAUUUAUAAAACUUAA